GCUUCUGAAAAAAUUUCUCCUUUCCGCAGGGUCUUCCUGCACUGAUCUUACCGGUCCACCACCAUGAAGAUUCGAAGAGAGAGAGAGAUGCGGAGAUGGCAGGACGGUUUUCGUGGUGGGAAAAGUUUUUCUUUUUCUUUUUUCAGAAACAAGGGCAAAUUCUGAAUAUUGAAGACUAAAACAAAUAAAAAGACAAUUUGGGAAAGUUAUGUAGUACGAGAGGUCGGAACAGAAAAGUCAGAGUCGACUACUCGGCAUUUUCACUUUUAAACGCGUUCUGCCUUUUACUCGGCACUCGGUUUCUUUGUUUUACAACACCACUGCCGAGUGAAUUUAAUCGAAACACACUGCCGAGUUCAUGGCGGAGAGCAAUUGCAAUCACAGUGAAUUGUAGAGCUGCAGCUGCUUGUGCAAAUUCUAGUCACAGUGAAUUUAAUCGCAACCCACUGCCAAGUUCAUGGCGGAGAGCAAUUGCGAUCUUCCUGAUCAAUUGCAAGUUUCAAACUCUGCCUUUUACUCUGAACACGGUUUCUUUGUAUCACCAAACCUUCAGAUCAAAGCACUGCAUUAUAUAAUGCAGGCCACGAGUGAAUUGUAGAGCUGUAGCUGCUUGUGCAAAUUGCAAUCACAGUGAAUUUAAUCGAAACCCACUGCUGACUUCAUGGCGGAGAGCGAUCGCGACCAUUCAAGUGAAAUGGAAGUAAGACUCGACCAGAAAUAUCAUCGAUGGCUAAGUGCGCAGCAAAUAUGUAAUGUUCUUCGAAAUCCUAACUACACAAUUUCUGAGAAGCCUGCAACUACACCACCAAGUGGAUCCAUUGUUCUUUAUGAUAGGAACUUGGUGAAGCAUUUUAGAAAGGAUGGCUAUAAAUGGAAGACGGCAAAAGAUGGAAGGACUAAGGAAGGCCAUGAGAAGCUCAAGGUUGAAGGUGUUGAUGCAUUGCACUGCUACUAUGCUCAUAGAGAAGAUGGAAAUUUUCACCGACGCAGUUUUUGGAUGAUUGAUCAGAAUUUCUCACAUAGAGUUCUUGUCCACUAUCGGGAUGUAAAGGAAGACCAAAUAAGGAUUGGGAAAGGUGUUCUGCCUUCCAGCAAAAUUGAUGCAUCAGCAUAUGAUCACCAAGCAAGUUCUGGGUUACCCCCUGUUUCUGGAUUGCAACAUGAUUUUGCUUGCUCUAGUUCCAAUCCAAGUAAUUUCCAGCAUUCACAAGCAACAGAUGUGACAAACUUGAAUAGUGCUCAGAUAUUAGAGCCCGAAAACACUGUUUCAGCAUAUAAUCACCGAGCAAGUUACGAGUUACCCCCUAUUCUUGGAUCGCAACAUGAGAUUGCUUCUUCUAUUCCCAAUCCAAGUAAUUUCCAGCAUUCACAAGCUACAGAUGCGACAAACUUGAAUAGUGCUCAGACAUUAGAGCCCGAAACCACUGUAUCAGUAAAUGUUGCGGCAUAUAAUCACCAAGCAAGUUCUGGAUUACCCCCUAUUCUUGGAUUGCGACCAAGUAAUUUCCAGCAUUCACAAGCUACAGAUGCGAUAAACUUUCAAGAUUUUGGUGAUUUGUUGAACAAAACUUACCCUAGUAAUUGUGGAGGCUUCGAGAAUUUAUUCACUGGGUUACCUGCAUCUAAUCACCAAGCAAGUCUUGGGGUACUCUAUGUUCCUGGAUAUGAGAUUGCUUCUUCUAUUUCCAAUCAAAGUAAUUUCCAGCAUUCACAAGCUACAGAUGCGAUAAACUUUCAAGAUUAUGAUAAUUGGCUCGAGAAUUUACUUAAUGACUCUAGUGAUCGGGGAAUCCCCGAGAAUUCAUGUACUGGGUUACCUAAUGCAGCCUGCACCAACUCGAGAGUCAGCUCAAGUGCUGCGGUGGAGCCAAGUCAUUCAUCUCUUGGAAAAAGGCAAUGCGACUCCACUAAGUCCAAGGCCACACCCUUUGCAACCAUUGAAGGAGUAGAUGAAGACGAAGAGGGAAACGAUACAAACCAAGCCUGGAAGCGACUCAAAGUCACAUGUGGCCAGAAGCCACCAGUUCCACAACCAACCGCAACCAUUGGGAUUGCUACUUCUGCCGCAACCAACAUGACUGCUGCUCUUGAGUCUAGCAAUCCAGCCAUGCUGCAAUCAAGACCAACCUCAGAUGCCAACCAAGAUUUUGUCCAAGACGUUGAGAAUCAAGAGAAGGAACUCGAGCCUACCUCCACUGAGCUAGAAAAUGGCAAAAGCAAGGCUGUCGUUCAAAAUUAUUUUGGGACGGGAAAGAGUCAUGAGUUUUCAGAAGUUGCGGUGAUGGACUCCUGUAAAAGCCUCCAUGCUCUUUACGACCGAGCGUCUGCAACCAAUACACUGGCCAGCUCCUCCAUUUCUACUCCUACCAGAGACUCGCAAGACAUAGCGACAAUCAGAACUAUUCUAGAAAUGGACUUUACUAUUAUGGCUGGCGAUGUUCAACGAACUGAGAAGAUCUCACUCAUCAGGAGCUUCGUAGAUUCUGAAUGCUCUAACAUCGGCAUCAGAACAAUGAUUUUGUCAAUAUUGAAUCUGCUUGAGCAACCUCUUCGAGCCUAUUCCGAGCACGAUAAGGGCAAAAACUUGAAUGACCAAGUCGAAGCUACGAUAAAGCGUCUUGAACCUAAGGUUCAGUUUUGGGAUAGCAAGAAGAGAGAACUUCAGGAACUUGAGAAAUUGAAAAUGCAGAUUGAAGCCGACCUGGCUGCAAUACGUGCUGAAAUUGAUGGCAGCAUGAAAGAAACUGAACCGAUCCAGGCAAAACUCAAGGAAUUGCUCCGACAGCGAGAUCAAUUUAAAGAAAAUGAGGAUUAUCUCAAGGCCAGCUUGGAUAUUGGAGAGGGCAUCUGGACAAUCACGAAGAACGUAAUUUCAGGGACCACCUUAUUCCGAGUAUGAUAAGGUUCAGUUUUGUAAUAGCAAGGAGAGAAUUUCAAGAGCUUGCCAAAUGGAAAAUGAGUAUUGAAGUCAGGUAGGCUGCAAUACUUGCUGAAAUUCAUGGCGCCGUCAAAGAGACUGAGCGUAAUCUCAAGAUCCAGGCACAGCUUGAGAAAUUGCUCCUACAGCAAGAUCAAUUUAAAGAAAAUGAGGGUAAUCUAAAACCCAACUUGGAUAUUGGAGAUGGCAUCUGGACAAUCACGAAGAACGUAAUUUCAGCGACCACCUUGAUUGGGCAUGUUAAUUGCAGAGACGUUUGUGAUAAACACCCAAUGUUGGAAUGUAACCCUUCAGCUGAAGAUUGACGGCUAAGAUCAUCUCACAAAUGUUUUCCAUUUCAGUUUGAAUGUCAGUCAUUGGAUCAUAGUCCACAUGGUUACUCAAUGUUGUAUCUAGUUUUAAGUAAUAGAAUUAGACAUGUGGCAUUAUCUCAUAGGAUGAUACCAAUGAAUGGUUGAGAUUAUAUUGUGUGUUGGAGGGUGAAGGAUCUCCCUUCCUUCCAUAUGCAAUGGUAACAAAAUGUAUGCGUGUUCAGUGUGUGAAAUGUGAGAAGCAUAAUUUCCUUUCA